GUGACAGCGUGUCAUCUGACUGUAGGAGUGCAGCUUCUUCUCAUCAAAAGCGAGUCUGAAGAAUUGCUAUUGCAGAGACUAUCUGACCGAUCAUGACGACUCACGAGUUUUUUGUUGAUAUGACAUGUGAAGGAUGUUCUGGUGCAGUCACUCGAGUUCUUAAUAAACUGGAUGUCAAAUUUGACAUUGAUCUCCCCAACAAGAAGGUCUUCAUUGAGUCAGACAAAGACACCGACGUACUUCUGGAAACACUGAAAAAGACUGGGAAAACGGUUACCUACGUUGGUCCAAAAUGAAAAAUUAUACAUGUAGGUCAGAAUUGUGCUGCUUUGCAGACUAUGAAGUGAGACUACCCCAUUGGACUUGUAAAUGACACAUCAGAUAAAUGACUUUGGGACCACUGGAAGGAUUUUGAUCAAUCUGUUCAGCUGAGCACCAUGAAGAGAAUCUACCAGGUUCAUAUAUACACUACCGGUCAAAAGUUUUGAAACACUUGACUGAAAUGUUUCUCAUGAUCUUAAAAAUCUUUUGAUCUGAAGUUGUAUGCUUAAAUGUUUGAAAUUAGUUUAGUAAGCAAAAAUAUAAUUGUGCCACCAUAUUAAUUUAUUUCAUUAUAAAACUAAAUAUUAUUAUUUAAAAAUAAAAAAUAAAAAGUUUUUCAAAUUGAUGACAUGGACCAAGUAAUAAAUAAAAGCAGCCUUCAACCUUGAGGGUGAUAACUCAAGAAUAUGUUUGAGAAAAUGUCAAGAGUACAUUUCUGCAAAUUCUAGGCAAAGGGUGACUACUUUGAAGAUGCUAAAAUAUAACACAGUUUUGAUUUAUUUUGGAUUGUUUAGUCACAACAUAAUUCCCAUAGUUCCAUUUUAUGUUAUUCCAUAUCUAAACAUCUAAAAGUGAGAAAAAAAAUAUAUAAUCAAUUUGUGUUUCAAAAAUUUUGACCAGUAGUAUAUAUAUUUUGGGAAAUAUAAAUAUGCUGAAAUUUACCUGUUUACUUUGUUCAUGUUGUUGUUUUGCCAAAUUAAAACACUUAAAAUAAAUACACUGCAACCCCA